ACUACCCUUUCUUCCCCUCAUAUCCCUCUCUUUCCCUGCAAGCAAAACACACAACAGCCGCCAUCACUGAGUCACCUUUUCCGAGUCACGAACUCACUCUUCUCUCCACUUCCCCUAAAAAACACACACAGAGAAACAGAAAAAAAACCCAGCAUUCUGAUAUUCACUCACAAAACCAUGCUUUCCCGUUUUGCCCCUCGCUUCCCUCUCUAUUUCCUAAUCUAUGCCACUGCUUCAAAACCCUUAAUCGGAGCUAACCACACUUCAUCUCGAUUCUGCUCCCGUUAAAACAAACAAAACCAGAAAACCCUAUUUUAUUUUUUUUGAAUUUUCACAUUUUCUUUUGUUUCUAAUUUUGAAGCUACAAAAAGUGCACAAUCGUUACCAUGGAACGUACCGCAGGCAAGUUCGGCUCUCUCCGGAAUCUUCUAAUACGGUUUCUCAUCUCCGGCGUCUUCAUCAUCGCCGUCCGUUUCGCUUACGUCAUCUCCAUCGCCGGCGAGUCCUGCAACGUCGCCGAUUUCUGCUUCUUCUCCCUGCCGGAGUCUCUCAGCCACGUCAUCGCCGGCACCGGCCCCCUCGCCGUCGAGUCUGCUUCCGGUGGCAGUGGUUUGUCGCCAGCGGAGCUUUACACCAGCAAGGACUGGCUCGACGCCGUGCAUUUCUACUCGUCGGCGUUUCAGGACCUUGUCGCCGGCGGCUACCUCUCGCCGGAGGCGAAUGCGCUGUGCGUGGAGACGCCGACUGGGCGGGAUGUCUUCGCGCUGAGGGAGAUCGGCGUAAGGAAUGCUAUCGGGAUCUCGAGGAAGGCGGUGAAGCCUUUGGUGAAGUCCGGCACCGGUGAUCGGAUUCCGUUUGGUGACGCGACGUUCGACUUUGUGUUUUCCGGUGAGGGUUCCUUCGCGAGGUCGGCGAAGCCGGUGGAGUAUGCGGCGGAGGUUGCUCGGACGCUGAAAUUGGGAGGGUUUGCGGUGUUCCAUUUCACAAACCCUAAAGAUACGUAUAGUUUCAAUUCAUUUCUUGAUUUGUUCCAUUGUUUCAGAGUAGUGAAGUUACAUGGUUUAGAAGGGUUUGAUUCUUCACUGCCUUAUAUACAUGAAACUGUUUUGAAAAAAGAGUGUGAUGGUAAUGGUAAACAUGAUGGUGAUUUUUCCAAUGGGAAAUGUUAUGUUCCUGAGUAUAAGAGAGAUUUGGUUAGGAAUGCUGAGCCUUUGAUUGCGAAGGAGCCGUUGAAGCCAUGGCUUACUUUGAAGAGUAAUAUUAAGAACAUAACGUACCUUCCUUCGAUAGUUGAUAUAAGCUUUAAGAAUAGGUAUUUGUAUGUUGAUGUUGGAGCAAGAAGUUACGGCUCGAGCAUAGGAUCUUGGUUUAAGAAACAGUAUCCUAAGCAGAACAAGACCUUUCAUGUGUAUGCGAUUGAAGCUGAUAAGACUUUUCAUAAGGAGUAUGGGUUGAAGAAGGGGGUCACUCUGUUGCCUUAUGCUGCAUGGGUGAAGAAUGAGACCUUGACGUUUGAGAUUCAUCGCGAUCCGGGGGAGAAGGUUGAGGUUAAAGGAAGGGGGAUGGGUAGGAUUCAACCUUUGCGGUCUUCAGGGAAGGAGGAGUUUGAUGGGGAAAUGGAGAAGAUAAGGGGAUUUGAUUUUGCCAAAUGGUUGAAGAACACGGUUUCGAAGAAUGACUUUGUUGUGAUGAAAAUGGAUGUGGAGGGUACUGAAUUUGAUCUGAUUCCGAGGUUGUUUGAAACUGGGGCUAUCUGUUUGGUGGACGAGGUUUUCCUGGAAUGCCAUUACAAUAGGUGGCAGCGAUGUUGCCCUGGGCAGAGGAGUUCAAAGUAUGAGAAAACAUAUGACCAAUGCUUGGAGCUCUUCAAUUCUCUUAGACAAAGUGGAGUUCUUGUUCAUCAGUGGUUUUAAUUGCCUGAUAAGUGAAACCUUAUACUUCUGUAAAAUUAUUGUUGGCCUUUUAACCCUCCUCUAAAUGUUUCUUUAAAGGUAUUUUUCUGCCCCUUCCAUUUUUUACCCCACACAUUAGAGAAGGCUAGUGUGUUUCAUAUUUAUUUCUAUGUAACAGUUGCAUCUGAAAAUGAACUCAUUUCUUUGAAGUCUCUGCUUUUAUCUUGUAUAGAUAUGGAUUGGAUAAUUGGACUCUGGAAUCUCUUAUUUUGUC